UCUUCAACAUUAUCAGUACUACUGCACUAGUUUGUUCCUAUAACUUGCUAUUUGAUUGUUUCUUUCAGUUCCAGAGCGGGUUUUUAGUGAAUAUGGCUUUGACUGGUAAGAUAGAGACGGAUGUAGAAAUCAAGGCUUCUGCUGCACAGUUCCACGAAAUGUUCACCCACAAACCACACCACAUUUCCAAUAUCAGCUCCAACCACAUUCAAGGCGUUGACUUACAUGAAGGAGACUGGGGAACAGUCGGUGCUAUCGUCUACUGGAAUUACUUCCAUGAUGGGAAAGCUAGAGUUGCCAAGGAAAGAAUUGAGGCCAUAGACGCGGAAAAAAACUUGGUGACUUUCAGAGUAAUUGAGGGAGACCUUAUGGAGCAUUACAAGAGCUUCUUGUUCACCAUUCAAGCCACUCCGAAAGGCGAGGGCUGCUCCGUGCACUGGACUCUGGAAUAUGAGAAGCAUCACGGUGAUAUUACCGACCCGCAUACGCUGCUCCAGAUUGCAGUCGAGGUUUCCAACGACAUCGAUGCUCACCUUACUGCCCAAGCAUAGUAACACAUGAACAAAGCACAAGGCUUAUAUAUAUCUUUAUGCGCAUGUGCUGCAGUAUUUGAAUCGGUACGGUUUUGUAUGAAAUAAGAGAUUUGAUACGGCGACUGUCAUCGUAUCAAUCAGCUGGUUUGUGAAGCAAUAUUUAAUCAUGUUGUAAUCUUGUGGGCAAGUUAGACUGUUGUUAAAUCAUGUUUGUGAUUGUGAAUCAAUGAAACAUAUAUUCUACUCAGUGUAACACAAUUCGGUACCUUCA